AUGUUGAGUAUUGUGAUUGAUUGCCACUGCCGACUGAAAAGGCCUAAUUUUGGGUUUGCGAUUUUAGGCAUUUUUUUGAAGAGUGGGUACGAGCCUACUAUUGUAACCUUUGACACUCUUAUUAAAGGGUUAUUGUUGGUUGGAAGGAUCCCAGAGGCAGCUAAAGUGUUUUGGAAGUUGUUGGCCUACCAACUGUGCGAGCCCGAUGAACAUACAUAUAGUACUAUGAUUAAUAGGUUCUGCAAAGCUAGAGAUACUCUCGAGGCAAUUGAUUUGCUCUGCUUAUUGGAAAAAGAAAAGGUAAACUGCAAACCCAAUGUCUAUGCUUACAGUGCAGUCAUUGAUGGUUUGUGCAAGGAAGGCAAGGUGGACGAUGGUCUCCAACUCUUCUCCUCUUUGGGUGAUAAGGGGAUUUCAGCCAAUGUUGUGACAUAUAAUCCAAUAAUUGAGGGGUUGUGUAAUAUGAGAAUAAUGGAUGAGGCUGAAGACAUUUUGAAGAAGAUGAUUGCUAAUGAGGUAUGCCCAGAUGUGUGGACGUGUAAUAUCUUUGUGAAUUUAUAG